CUGAUCACUGUGAAACAGAAGCUGUGGGUUAGCUCUGAAGAUUAAAAACUGAAGGAAAGUCAUUACUGAUGGUCUUGGAAUUAAACACCGACUUGACAGGAAUGGCAAGCCGAAGAGGCAUUCUUGGAAAACCGUGUUAUUGAGACAUCAUGAACUCCCAAUUUUUGCUCUUGCCCUGUCUUGACACACUUCUAUAAACCAGUGGCUCUCAACCAGGAUUGGUCAUGGUUUCAACGUUGCUGGCUCCACCUUGCAAGGAAGAUGUGCUGGUGACAUCUAGAGAACAAAGGCCAGGACUGCUGCUGACUGCCCUAGAAUGCAGAGUUACCUGGACCCAGAUAUCAACUGUUGAGAAUGAGGCUUCAUUGUAUCUAGUCCACCAACCAGACGUCUACAGCUGUAUAGGGCUAUAUGUUGGGCAUACAGAUAUAAGUGCAGCCGAGCCCUUACCUGAGCCCAUCCUCAGUGCUUGGCCCAGCUUUGUUGUUCCCAACAAGAGCAAUGUGACACUGGAAUGCAUGAGUUUUGUGCAAGAUACAGUGUGUGAUAUUGAAAGGGGAGAUACUAAUUUGGAUUCUAGGACACCCCUUAGUUUGACAGAAAGAACAUCUAAAUCCCAUUUAAUUACGGAAGUUCUUCAUCAUUAUAAAUUCUAUCUUAUUGAAUUGGAGCAGAGUGAUGCUGGACACUACACCUGCAAAUGUUUGGGAACUGAUGUUCCUGAUGUGCUGUUGCUGUACAGUGAUGCAAUUCUAAUACUGGUCACAGGCCGUUUACCUAAACCUUCCCUCCAAGCUCACCAAGCUUGUCACACGUCAAGAGAGGAGACGUGUGACAGUCGGAGGGAGCGUGACCCUGCAGUGUCAGAAGCACAUAAUAUGACUGAGUACAAAAUGUUCCUGCUUCUGAAAGAAGGAGUUUCAGCACCUGUACAGGCUCAGAGAUCAGAAAGGAACAGAGCAAACUUCUCACUUCAUGAUGUGACCCUUGAGGACACGGGAAAAUACAGCUGUGUCUACCACCAGAUAGGAGCCCCUUUCUGGGCCUCCCACCCCAGUGAUCUCCUUGAGAUCUUGGUGUCAGAUUUCUUUCCCAAACCCAGCCUCAGUGCUUGGCCAAACUCAGUGGCUUCAGAGAACAGCAACGUGACACUGCGGUGUGUGAGUCCCACGCCGGGCACACAACUUGUUCUCAGAAAGGGAGAUAGCGUAUUGGAUUCCAGGCUUCCACAUCAUUUGACAGAGGGGACAGCUGAGUUCCACCUGACUAACCUUCAGCCGAGGCAUGCUGGAUAUUACACCUGUGAAUACUACAGAAAGGAGUCUCCCAAUCAAAGUUCACCUUCCAGUGAUGUGCUCUUACUAUUGGUCACAGGAUACCUGCCUAAGCCUUCCCUCCGCGUCCAGCACUUGGGUCAAGUUACCGCAGGAGAGAAGGUGAAGCUACAGUGUCAGAAGCCACACAAUUUCACAGAGUAUAAAAUGUUCACUCUGCUAAAGGAGGGAACUUCAUCCCCCAUACAGCUUCUGAAUUCAGAAAACGACACGGUGGAGUUCACCCUUCAGAAUGUGACAGCCCAUGAUGCGGGAAGGUACAGCUGUGUGUACCUGCAGGCAGAAGCCCCUUUCAGGGCCUCACAUAAAAGUGAACAUAUUGAUAUCUCAGUAGCAAUGUCCCUAAGGACCUUAUCACAAUGUUACACCAAGAUUAAUCUCAUCAGGCUGGGAAUGUCCGCCAUGUUUGUGGUGCUUAUGGUGGUCUUCCUGGUUGAAGCCUGGUACAGCCAGAGGGUGUCACCAAGCAGACCCAGUCCCUGAAGGACCCCAGGGCCACUAUGAAUCCUUGGUCAAGGUGGACAAGCAGCUCUUCAGGUUUCUGUGACGCCUGCACUGACAAGUCUCUGAGAGCUAUCCAGGGAUGGGAUGGCAGCUCUGUCUCUUCAUCUUUUGAAUGGCGUAGAGGACAGAACUUGGCACAGGUGCACAUGGGAUACUUCGCUGAUUUACAAUUGCUGCACCGAAACUACAAUCCUAUUUCUCCCUAAGGAUGGGCGUGCUGCCUAGAACAUAAACCAAAGCCAUGUACUAUGAAUCUGUUUCUGUGCACAAGAUUAUGUCAGUACAUGAUCUAUAAGGCUUUAUUUUUUUCAUUUCUUUAGAUGUGUUUUGUUUACCUUCUCAGGUAUCCUUGGCUCUGUGUAUGCAGUAUGCAAAUUAUGUACAUGUACUUUUAUGGAAUAUGCAUUACAUGUAUCUUAUU